AUGAACAGUCCACGAAAGCAAGGAACUCAACGGUCCAUCUACGACUUUACUCAGAAGCAAGUAAGUGUAAAGAGUGAAGAAAUCGUGACGCGAUGCGACCAAGUAAAGGAAGAAAUGGAAUCAAAUGAUGAUCUCAUGAAUGGGCUCGAGGCAAACUUGGGUCUGGAGACCAUAGUCAAGACCGAGCCGACCAAUACGCAAAAUGUCGGCCUCGAAAAGGAGUCGAAAGUCCAGGUCGAUCUUGAUAACUCGAUACUAUUCAAAAAGCAAAGUGCCGACAAAGAAUCCCAAGAUGAGACCCACGCGUCUGAUCCACAUAAUUCCAGUGUUUUUUGCCCUGUUUGUGAACUUGACAUCUCGUCGUUAGACAUUCGAGGGAAAACCGAUCACGUAGAUACGUGUCUUGUACGCGUGACGUUUGUUAAUGAAAAGUCAAACAUGACACCAACAACAACAACGAAGACGACCCUGUUCCCAAGUAAGAGAACACCUUUGUCGAACGAAAACAAAGAGUCAAGAUCUUCAAUUUCCAAUGGAAAGAAAAGAAAGGUCGAAAAGGAGAAAAUACGAUACAUUAAUACUGAAACCAAUACAGAUAAGAAACCUAAAAUUAUCAAGCCACCAGCAACAGGCACAAGCUCUUCCAAGUCGCGCCGAAACGAAAUUUCAGCAUUGAAAACCAUGACCUUUCCUGUGGAAAAGAAACUGGGGCUGAAUUACCAAGUGUCCGUCGACGCGUUUUGUUUUGCUCCACACGCUGUUAUUGAUAAAUACUUUUUAACGCAUUUUCAUGCUGACCAUUAUGGAGGAAUUUCCAAGAAAUGGGCCUAUGACCGCGUUUUCAAAGACGACACCGACUACGAUAAUGAUGCAAAGUACAAACGAAUCAUAUAUUGCACUGAAAUCACCGGUAAGUUGCUUACAUUGUAUUUUUCAAUUGAUCCGCGUUUCAUCAAGCAAAUGGCUAUGGAUACCAGGUACAAGGUAAAAGAUUAUGGUUUAGCUGAUGUUGCUGAUGGAGGUUUCAAAAGCGUCGAAGAUACCCCUGGAUUAUAUGUCACACCAAUAACAGCAAACCACUGCCCUGGUGCGGGAAUCUUUCUCUUUGAGUCCAUUGGUUUGGAUGGAAGGAUUCAUCGAAUCCUCCAUUGUGGAGAUUUUAGAGUCAACAUGACAAUUUUGGACCAUCCAUUACUUCGUCAAUUUAGUGUUGCAAGUCAAAGGAUUGAAGACUUAUUGAGGAUCGACAAGGUAUACUUGGACACAACGUAUAUGAAUCCAACCUACAACUUUCCCAAACAGGAGUUGGUAUGUGAGACUGUUGCUCAAUUGUUUGAACACUUGACGGUUCAAGAAGAUAACAAAUUAAGUAAUACUUUGUUCAACAAUUGGUUUGGAGUGUUGACACAAUCGAGAAUUACUGAUUUUUGGAAGCCUACCCCAACAGUGAAGAAGAAGAAAAAGUUUUUAAUUUUGGUGGGUACGUAUGUGAUUGGGAAAGAACGUUUGGCAAUUGCUAUACUGAAGAGACUUCAUUGCCCCAUUUAUGCACUGAAUAUAAACAACAGAAAGAACAAGUAUGAUAUACUACGAAGUUAUGACGAUGACUAUUUAGAUCUGGUUUUAACUGACGAUGAGUUGGGAAGAGAUUCUGGCUCUGAAUGUAUUGUUCAUCUAGUUCCAAUGAAUAUAGUCGGUUCGGUGCAGGAAUUGUCCAAUUAUUUCAAUCACAAUCGGUACUACGAAUCUUUUGAACGUUGUGUUGGCCUAAGACCAACGGGUUGGAGUUUUGCACAAAAUGGAAAGUCAGAACCUGAACCCCUGGACACGAUUCAACCCACUUCUUUAGGAGCAGUAGCAAAAUUGAUGGCAAAUACCACGCUAUACACGUAUAUGGAUCACAUUCUAUCCCAAGUUCCUAAAAGCAGAGGCAAAAACAAACCGGACCAAGAGUUGUAUCGAAUUUAUUCAAUACCAUACAGUGAACAUUCGUCUUUUCGAGAGUUGGCUUAUUUUGUGGUUUUCUUCAACAUUGGUCAAGUAAUACCCACUGUCAAUUGCCACAACGAAUUCAAUGUAAAACGUAUGGAAUCAAUCAUUGGAACUUGGGAGCAGUUGCGUCGCAUCCACACCGGAUACCUUAACGAAACUGAUGACACUGUUCCUCCGGAAUUGAUUGAAAAGAUUCAAAGCUUGUCUUUAGAUACAUUCUAG